AUGGCAGCAGCAAGUACCAGUAAGAGGAAUGCCAUCGGUAUAAACGAUAAAUCGUCACCUUACAAUAUUGAUAUCUUUUUGAAAGAUAAAAUUUAUCAUCCUGGCGAUACGAUUCAGGGGGAAGUGGUUUUCAUACUCGACAAGGCUCUCCGUUGUGAUCGAGUAGAUGCACAACUUCUUGGUUCUUUUCGCGUCUUCUGGAUUGACAAACAGGUACUUUCGAUAUGGAUCUCGCUUGACGAUAUCAUCCGAUUUUCAUCAGCAACAGCUAUACGAGCAAAAAAAAUUGAAAGAGGAUCUUUCGAGGGAUUGAAAAUUGGCAAGCACAGUUUUGAAUUCACAUUCCAACUACCGAAACAAGGGCUGCACACGUCGUUUAGCCUCGCGGACUGCCAUGCACGUGUACAAUACUGCAUCAAUGUAAGCAUUUGUUUCUGUAUUUUAAAUAAAAGGGCAUCAGUGACAGGAGCUGGUGUCACAGUUCGGAUAGUGAAAAAGUUAUGUCACGCUCCCUUCCCAUUCGACUCUGUACUUACCAAAAGCAACCACUUGUUACAAAAGCUUCCAGUAGUUCAUACUUCGGUGCCUAGCUGCUUGCAGACAGGCUGUUGGUGA